CCGGCUGCCCCCACGUGGGGGCCGGGGCGGAGCAGGAGGCGGCCGGGCUCCGCCACCCUCCAGCGCCAUCAUGUGCGAGGUGCCCGCGGAGGUUCAACGCUUCCUACAGCAGCACCCGGUGCUGCGCCUCGUCGAGCCGGGCAAUAAGGUAAAAUGCAGGUUGACAGGACACGAGCUGCCAUGUCGGAUGCCAGAGCUGCAAGCUUAUACUAGUGGCAAGAAGUAUCUGAGACUGAUAAAGACCGCAAAAGCAUUUGACUACAGCGAAUUCGAGCCACACAUUGUGCCCAGUACUAAGAAUCCCCAUCAGCUGUUUUGCAAGCUCACUCUCAGGCACAUCAACAGGCUUCCAGAGCAUGUGCUGCGUCAUGUCCAAGGAAGGCGCUAUCAGAGAGCGCUGAAAAAAUAUGAGGAGUGCCAGAAGGAGGGCGUGGAGUACAUCCCUGCCUGCCUCCUGCAGAAGAGACAGCGGCGGCGAGAUGACCAGGCCGAGGGGAGCAGGCAGCCCCGCAGAAAGGGAGAAUUUUGGGAGCCUAUGCCCAGUGAAGAGGAAGAAGAUGACACAGAUGAUAGCAUGAGCGACCUGUACCCAUCUGAGCUUUUCCCAGAAAAAAGGCCGGUGGUGCAAGGAGACAGGGAAGGUGGUGAUGACUUUGUGACAGACAGCGAGGAAGAUGGGGCCAAGCCUGCAGAGGAAAACAGCAGCAUGAAUGGAGAGGAGAGUGAAAAGAUGGACGAGACCAGACGAGCUGGCAACAAAAGGGGAAAGAGUGUUCAAAGCCAGAGUGAUUAAAUGCAGAAUGUAAGAAUCAAUAACAUCUUACAGAGUUACUUAGUUUAGCAAGUAGUUUGGCAUGACGACAAUAAGGAGCUUUUAUGAGAAUCCAUUUUGGAUGCAGAAGGUCAGGCUCACUCAUUACCCCAGGUGCUUUUAAUAGCACCCGCAGAUCUGUGACUCUCAGAGCUUUUUGCAGAUAGUUAAUUAACCCUCAGCAAUCCCCUGUGGCAGUCAAGUAUACAUCCCACUGUACAGAUGGGGAAAACAAAGAGGCAGGAAGGUUAAACUAAAUGCCCAAGAUCACACAACUAGUCAGUGGCAAAUUUGGGAAUAGAACUCCUACUCUUCUGCUUUAGACAAAAUGUUAA